UAACGACCUUCCUCCAUCAACUUUAUCAAAGAACCUCCUCAUCUGAGCGUGCCAGCAAAAGCACUCGAGUCCUUUUCUUGAUCACGACUUCAUCCCUCGGAUUCAAUCCCUUAUCGACCACAAGUUCACGGCCGGUCCCAAGCUUACGUCGAAGAGGAACUCCCGUCGUCGCCAUGGCCCAUGAAGACCGAGAAGAGCCAACAAGAAAGCCGCAGUUCCCGCUCGACGCGAGCUCCUACAAGAUCCUCAACGAGAUUGGGUCUGGUGUCAGCGCGGUCGUGUACAAGGCCCUGUGCGUGCCGAUGGGCUCGGCGGUGGUCGCGAUCAAGUCCAUCGACCUCGAUCGCUCCCGCACCGACCUCGACAGCAUCCGACGCGAGGCCAAGACGCUGUCGCUCCUCUCCCACCCCAACAUCCUCAACGCCCACUGCUCCUUCACGGUGGACCACUGCCUCUGGGUGGUCAUGCCCUUCAUGUCCGCCGGCUCGGCGCAGUCCGUCAUGGCGUCGUCCUUCCCGGAGGGUCUCUCCGAGGCGUGCAUCGCUGUCAUCCUCCGGGAAACCUUGAACGCCCUCUCCUACCUCCACAACCAGGGCCACUUACACAGGGACAUCAAGGCGGGCAACAUCCUCAUCGACUCGGGAGGCGCCGUGAAGCUUGCUGACUUUGGUGUAUCGGCCUUGAUAUACGAACCUGGUUCAGGCCAGGGGUUAUCGACGUCUUCGAGUUCAUCGUCGUUGGCGCUGACCAGUAUCACUGGGACGCCCUAUUGGAUGGCACCGGAGGUGAUACACUCGCACAACGGGUAUGGAUUCAAGGCCGAUAUAUGGUCUCUUGGAAUAACCGCGCUGGAAUUGGCCCACGGUCGGCCUCCUCUAUCUCAUCUCCCGCCUUCGACAUCUUUGCUCAUGAAGAUCACAAAGCGCUUCCGGUUCUCUGACUACGAGAAGCACAAGAAGGACGACCCAGUCCGAAGGAAGUUCUCGAAAUCGUUCAAGGACAUGGUGGCUUCUUGCCUCUGCCAAGAUCCUUCCAGACGACCCACCGCAGAGAAGCUCUUGAAGCACUCUUUCUUCAAGAACUGCAAAGGGUCGGAGUUUCUUGCGAAGCACGUCUUGAAAGGGUUGCCUAGCGUCGAGGAUAGACACCGGCAAGCCAAGAUCUUACUGUCCUUGUCGAUGAACAAGGGUGGCGGGGAUGGGGGAGAGGAAGAUGAUGGUGCCGAGUCAGGUGAUCCCGAGGGUGGUAAGCAUAGGAGGAUAAGCGGGUGGAAUUUCAAUGAGGAAGGGUUUGAGCUUGACCCGGUUUUCCCCAACGAAGUUGCUCUUCAUGAUUCAUCAGCACAGCAAGCUAGUUUCGAAGGCGAGGGAAUGGACCGAGACAACGUGGCCGGAUUGAAAGGGCCCUUUGAAUUGGCGGGCUAUACUGACCAAUCUAGCGCCAGCUCGCCUACCCGAGCUGCCAACGAGAGUGAAGAUGAAUGCAGCGACCAUCAGGGAAGUGUUCAGGUGGCGAUCCACAACGCGGCUCAAGGCUUUGAUAAGGAUGUGAUGAUUGGGAGCUUGGCGCUGCUGAAGAGGAGCUUGGAAGAUGAACUGCAGAAAGUGAACAGUUUGAUGAGUCUCCUAGGAGGAGGAGGAGAUCGGAGAGGUGUGGAAAUAGCCAAUAGAGAAGAGCAGUUGGUGCAGGUGAUUGACAAGCUGAGGGCUAAGUUGGAGAGUGAGAAGAAGAAGAAUUUCGAGUUGGAGAGAGAGUUGGAGUGUCUCCAGCACCAAAUUAGCAGCGCUGGUGGCGAGACGACAGAUGACGCGCCGGUUAGAGAUUAAAUGAUGCUGUCCAUGAUCAGAUAUGGAGAAUCAAAUUCUAUUGCUUUUCCUUAGUUGUUGCCUUUCAAUUGUGUGUUUCUCUAGUGCAUUAAGGAUAUGAGAUAAGAGAUCUCAGUCAUUCGCUGUUCAACAAUCACUCGAUCAAUGAUCAAUGUGGAAUGCAUCGAAUCACUUACAAUUUGAGAAAUUAGCAAAAAUAUUCCUAAUUU